GGGCGCGUCUGGCGCGUGUACAAUCCGACACAAAACCCUCGAGAAGAACUUGUUGAACAUUUUAGAAGGGUACGUCAACUUGUCACCGUUUACCUAGCCGUUUCGUUUUCAACCUUUUGAUGAGCAUUGUCACUAGGUAGUUCCAAGGCGACGUUCUUGCCAAGGAAAUUUGGAAGGAAAAAUUUCAAUGGAGAUGAGCUCAGCUGAUGAGAUCAUGCCUUAUUAAGGCCAUGGUGUUCUAUUUUUGCCGCAAAUAAAGAGAGUCAAGGUGUGCUGCAUUUGCGGCAAAGGGAAACUUUUCUCACGUCUAUUAAUGACUGGAAUGGAAGAACCGACUGAACGUAAGGGUGAAGGGGAUGGCGAUUCUGACUACGAUGAGGAUUUGGCCAUACCUGAGGAAUCGUUGAUGACAUCACCUGAUGGAGGUGAAGUGACAGUUACAGCAUCUGAUGGAGUUGACACAAGUUCUUCUUUGCAGGCUUUGCCUUUUCAGUCUUUGUAUGACACUCCAUUGAAAUUUAAGUCACCUCAGCGAAUGGUUUUCAUUCCUGGCAAGGAAAUAGCUGUGGAUAUUAUCAAUAAUGAAAGAACUGUGACGACACAUCUUUUAAAUCCCAACUUGUAUACCAUACAAUUUCAACAUGGUGAUUUUACUUGGACUGUUCAAAAGCGGUAUAAGCAUUUCCAUCACUUACAUAAUCAGUUAAAAAUUUUCAGGACUUCUUUGAAAAUUCCCUUUCCUUCUAAAACUCACAAAGAGAGAAGAGCAAGUUUCAAACAUGAUUACCAAGGGCGAAAUAGGGGAAAAUCUAAAAGCUCUCUGCCAAGGUUCCCUAGCAAGCCAGAUGCUUUGCUGAGAUAUGACCAAGUUGAGAGAAGAAUAUCUGAGCUCACCGAGUACUUACGGAACCUUCUCAGAAUCAAUAUCUAUCGUAAUCACCAUGAAACAGCUAACUUUUUGGAGGUGAGUUCUCUCUCAUUUGUUAAAGAGUUGGGUGUUAAAGGUAAAGAAUCACUGAUCAAGAAAAGGACAGGUAGUACCCAACCAGGAAGAGCAGGAUGCAACUGCUGUGGGCUGCUUGAUUCUGUCAUUUGUGUCAGGUGCAGUUACUUGUGUACUGAUAUUUGUGGGAGGUGGCGGAACCGUUGGUUGGUAUGCAAGGAUACUUUUUUAUGUUAUAUCAGUCCUAAAGAUGGUAGAGUACGAUCUGUUAUUCUCAUUGACUCUGGUUUUGAAGUUUCGUCCGGGGUAUAUACCUCAGGACUUCACCGAGGAUUGGUUGUCAUUACACAUAGCAGACAAGUUGCUAUUAAAUGUGAUACAAGGAGAGAAAGUAAGGAAUGGAUGGCCUUUCUUCGAGACAUUUCUUACAACCAAGCUCAUGAGUUCAUCCAACGGAAUCGAAUGGGUUCCUUUGCCCCUGUGCGUAUGGACACUCAAGCCUCAUGGUUUGUUGAUGGAUCCUCUUACAUGGCAGCUGUUGCUGAUGCAAUGGAAAGUGCUAAAGAGGAAAUCUUCAUUGCUGAUUGGUGGCUAAGUCCAGAAAUAUAUAUGAAAAGACCAGCUAUUGAUGGAGAACACUGGAGAUUGGAUAAAAUUAUUCAGCGUAAAGCAGCUCAAGGGGUGAAAAUUUUUGUAUUGUUGUACAAAGAGGUACAAUAUGCCCUUGGUAUCAAUAGUUACUACAGCAAACAGUGCCUUGUCAAAGGGCAUUCUGAAAACAUCAAGGUUCUCAGACAUCCUGAUCAUGCUAAAGCUGGGGUAUUUUUGUGGGCUCAUCAUGAGAAGAUUGUAGUGGUUGACCAAACAUAUGCCUUUGUUGGAGGCAUAGAUCUGUGCUAUGGAAGAUGGGAUGAUCAUCACCAUAGACUGGUUGAUUUGGGAAGCAUAUCACAAAAUUCAAGAAAUAGUUGUGGGUUUCGAAGCAGCCAAACAUCAAGCAGACCCAGUGGAAAUGUUCAACCCCUUAUGUCUCUGGCUGCGUCUGCAAAUGCUGUGGGUGCUGGCUUAAUCAAUGCCACUGCUAACAAUAAAGCAGAUGAUGGAUAUUCUAAUCCAGAUGUUUUACCGCAACAAGAGCAACAGAUGCCAAUUCUUACAGAAGAGGACCUUGUUAUGGCCUCUCAAGUUCCUGAAAACAUAAAAAGAAACACCCCGGAGAUGCAAAGAAAGAAUAUCUUAGUAAAGAUGAAAACUCGUGGAAAAGACAUUUUAAAUAAGUUUCAUGUUGGUGAUGACAAUGCAGGAUUUACUGCUAGUACAGACCUAGCUACAAAUUCAAAUGAUCAUUCAGUAUCUUACACUCAUGGCAUCCAAAAGCAGACUAAUGUAAACUUUAAUUCAGAUUUUAUAGGUGCUGAAAAACCAGUGUAUGUUGAACCUCAACCUGAAAAAAAGAAAGGAAUAAAAACGAAGACCAAUGGUAAUUCUUUUAUUGAUGGACUGAGCGGAUCAGCAAAAUUAUGGAUUGGAAAAGAUUAUGUAAACUUUAUAGUUAAGGAUUUUAACAAUUUGGAUCUACCCUAUCAAGACUUUAUUGAUCGAUCAACCACACCUCGAAUGCCAUGGCAUGACAUUGGUGCCCUUGUGCUAGGUGCAGCUGCCAGAGAUGUUGCGAGGCAUUUUAUUCAAAGGUGGAAUGCAGUUAAGACGGAGAAAGCAAAGCUAAACCACAUGUAUCCCUGUCUGCUUCCAAAAUCAUAUCAAGAUUUGAGAUUGAAUCCACAUGUGAAGCCUUUUGAUGGAUCUUCAUUAUAUAAUGUUGAUUGCCAGGUUCUUCGAAGUGUGAGCAGCUGGAGUGCAGGAUUUUUGGACUCUGAGCUAGUUGAGCAGAGCAUUCAUGAAGCAUAUGUAGAUGUCAUAAACAAAGCAAAGCACUAUGUUUAUAUAGAAAAUCAAUUUUUUAUAACUCAGGGUACCAAUGCUGCAUCUGUUGUGCGAAAUCAAGUGGGUGAUGCCCUGUUCAAAAGGAUUCUAAGGGCUUAUAAAGAAGGAAGCAUUUUUCGUGUGUUUGUUGUUAUGCCUCUUCUUCCUGGAUUUGAAGGGGAGGUGGGCCAGAGCACUGGAACUGCUCUUCAUGCUAUCACACAUUGGAAUUACUCCUCUAUCUGCAGAGGAAAGGACUCAUUGGUGCAACGGCUGAAGGAUGCUGGUAUAAGAGACACUGAAGAGUAUAUCUCAUUCUUUGGGCUACGAAACCAUUCCAUUUUGCAAGGUGGUAUGGUAACUGAACUUAUUUAUGUUCAUUCAAAGCUUUUGAUAGCUGAUGAUGCAAUUGUAAUUUGUGGAUCCGCAAACAUCAAUGAUCGUAGUUUAGUUGGGAAAAGGGACUCAGAAAUCGCUGUUUACAUUCAGGAUAGAGACUUUGAUCCAUGUACUAUGGCCCAUGAAGAUUAUGUUUCUGGGCGCUAUGCAGGAUCAUUGCGACGUCAUUUGUUCAGUGAACACCUUGGGUUGCUGGAUUCGGAUAGAAAUGUAAAUAUAAGUGAUCCUGCAAGUGAUUUCUUCUACCGUGAGGUUUGGCUGCAGACUGCUGUUGAAAAUACUGCCAUCUAUGAGGAGGUAUUCCAUUGUAUUCCAUCAAAUCAAGCUAAUAGCUUUGCAUCAUUGAAGAAAUAUCAAGAAGAAAUACCUCUUUCCCACUCUGAUCCAGUAGCAGCUAUGAAGAAACUUGAAGGAAUCAAGGGGCAUCUUGUAAAAUUGCCACUUGAGUUUUUAGCUAAUGAGGUUCUAACACCAAAUCCAAGUACUGUCACUGGAAUGAUGCCAACCUCACUCUGGACAUAAGUUCACAGUUAAUAUUAAGUCAGAUCAAUUAUUAUGAUCUCUACGCAUGUUUCAACUGUUAACCAUACGGACACCAGUUUGCUCUGUGGGAAAUGCAUUUAUAGGGCUGGAAACCUUCCUCGUUUUUUACUAUUUUGUUUCUUUUGCAUUGAAUUCCAUUCAAGUUUCCUUUCUAUGACAAAAGUCUUUGUUGUUGUUUACAUAACACUCUCUUUUAAAUGUUUUAUUUCUGUUUGUUUGUUAUAUGGUUAAGUUUUCUCAUGUGUGCACUUUCUUGGUGCAACUGCCUUCUCUUUAUUUAGUAUGCCAAAGAGGCAACAUGUGUGGCAGGCAGCUACUGAGCCUGUCUUUUCAGUACUUGACAAAAUCAGUAUUUUUGAAUGGAUGCAUUGCAUUCAUGUUAACCUUGAUGUAAUGAGCCUCGGGUCUAUUGCCCUAAGACAUUUAUUUCAUUUGCUUCAUUCCAUUCUUGCCAUGACUAUGUACUAUUAUACUAAGAAUUGAUCAAUGCGUGGCGUUAAGGAUUGUAGUACUUGUAUGGUACAAUGACUCCUGUAAGUAUGAACUUUUAGAGCUUUAAAUUAACAUGUUGCUUAUUACCUUUGUUGUGUGCUUGAUUAUAUAUUUUAAUAAAAUGUUAAUAAAAAUGAAUUAUUGCA